UGGAGUAGAAUUUUAUAACUGAUCUCAGAUCUGCUUUCAAGCACACAGUGCCCGUAUCAUCACCCCCUAUUUCUGUUUCCGGCCCGGUCAUGGCAGCUGGAUGCAGGAAGCAACUGUUUUCAGAAUUGAUAUAAACAACAAGAAGCAAAUUAUAGUUUCGAAAGACGCUCUUUAAGCACUAUUUGGGGACUUACUUUUGCUUUCUGGCGCCGUGAAAUAUGGCUACGACAGCUCAGUUAUUCGAGGAGCCGUUUGAUGCUGAUGAGUAUAUUGAGAGAUUGGCAUGGAGAACACCUGGAGGAGGUUCCAAAGGAGGUGCGGAGGCGUUUGAUCCCAAAAAGUUGCUGGAAGAGUUUGUGAACCACAUUGAGGAACUAAAACUGCUGGAUGAAAGAAUCCAAAGGAAGGUGGAGAAGUUGGAGCAGCAAUGCCACCGGGAAGCCAAGGAGUUUGCCCACAAGGUCCAAGACUUGCAGAGAAGCAACCAAGUAGCUUUCCAGCACUUCCAGGAGUUAGACGAUCAUAUCAGUUACGUGGCCACCAAGGUGUGUCACCUGGGAGAUCAGCUGGAAGGAGUCAAUACACCAAGACAGAGGGCAGUGGAGGCUCAGAGACUCAUGACAUACUUCAACGAGUUCCUGGAUGGAGAGCUGCGCAGUGAUGUCUUCAACAAUCCCGACAAGAUAAAAGAAGCUGCAGACAUCAUUCAAAAGUUGCACCUGAUAGCUCAGGAGCUGCCGUUUGAUAGAUUUUCUGAUGUCAAGGCCAAGAUAGCAAGUAAAUAUCAUGACCUUGAGCGUCAGCUGAUCCAGGAGUUCACUGCAGCUCAGCGAAGGGGAGAGAUUGGACGCAUGCGUGAGGUGGCAGCAGUCCUGCUACAUUUUAAGGGUUAUGCCCACUGUGUGGAUGUCUACAUCAAGCAAUGCCAAGAGGGAGCCUAUAUACGGAAUGAUGUAUUUGAAGACAUUGCUGUUCUGUGUCAGCGGGUUAAUAAGCAGGUUGGAGAGGUCUUCUGCAGUCCAGAGACUGUCAUGGCUAAACUGAUUCAGAGCAUCUUUGAGAACAAGAUACAGGCUCAUGUUAAAGAAAAACUAGAUGAGACCCGCAACUCUGAUGUGGAGCAAUACCUCAAGAACCUCUAUGACCUCUAUACACGGACAACGGCACUGGCUGCUAAACUCACAGACUUUAACUUGGGCUCAGACAAGCACACAUUUCUAUCUAAGCUGAUAAAGAAUAUCUUCUCCUGUUAUCUGGAGAGCUACAUAGACAUGGAGCGACAAUAUCUGCAAAACCGCAGCGGCCUGAUUCUUCAGCGCUAUUAUGACUCUAAGAACCACCAAAAACGCCCUGUAGGUGCUGGAAGUAUCCAGGAGCUUAAAGAGCGGAUCAGACAGCGCACUAACCUGCCGCUGGGACCUAGUAUUGACACACAUGGAGAGACUCUCCUCUCACAAGAGGUUGUCGUCAACCUGCUACAGGAAACCCGGCAUGCCUUUGAAAGAUGCAACAAGUUGUCGGAUCCAGCAGAUCUACCAAAAAAUGCCUUCUCCAUUUUCCUGAUUUUGGUGGAGUACCUGUGUGUGGACCAUAUAGACUACGCUCUUGAGAUUGGGCUGUCAGCCAUCCCAUCUGCAGAUGCCAAAAAUGCCAACCUCUACUUUUUGGAUGUGGUUCAGCAGGCCAACACAAUCUUUCACCUCUUUGAUAAGCAGUUUAACGAUCAUCUAAUGCCUCUUAUUAGCUCCUCUCCUAAGUUGACGGAGUGCCUGCACAAGAAAAAAGAGGUGAUCGAACAGAUGGAGGUGAAGCUGGACACUGGGAUUGAUCGGACACUAAAUUGCAUGAUAGGCCAGAUGAAGCAAAUCCUGGCGACUGAACAGAAGAAAACUGACUUCAAGCCAGAAGACGAGAACAAUGUCAUGAUUCAGUACACUACAGCAUGCUCAAAGGUGUGUGCCUAUGUGAGCAAGCAGGUGGAGCGUGUGCGGAGGUCCAUGGAUGGUAAGAACGUGGACACGGUUUUGACCGAGCUGGGUGUGCGGUUCCACAGGCUGAUCCAUGAGCACCUGCAGCAGUUCAGCUACAGCUCCAUGGGUGGCAUGCUAGCUAUCUGUGACGUGGCAGAAUACCGUCGCUGCGCCAAAGAGUUCAGGGUCCCUCUCGUGCUCCAGCUGUUUGACACGCUUCAUGCUCUGUGUAACCUCCUGGUCGUCGCCCCGGACAACCUCAAACAGGUGUGCUCUGGAGAGCAGCUGACCAACCUCGACAGGAACCUCCUCCACGCUUUCGUUCAGCUGAGAGUAGACUAUCGCUCCGCCCGACUGGGCCGGCAUUUCAGCUAAUGACGGACAGGGCCGUCCCAUCACCGCACUGCCAGAAACACAAGUGUCCGACCUAGAGUGUCUUUGUCAAUGAUUCAGUGUGGAAAUUAAACUGUGUUUCAAGAACAAAAGAGUAACACGUCCCAGGUUGCUCCUUUUUAAGUUAACCCGUUUUUGUUCCACAUGCACGUUUUAAUGCGAGCAUAGCGUUUCAUCUCAGAUUUGCUCAUAUUUUGUUUGUGAUUUUUAAAAAUUUCAGAGUAGAUGGACGUUUUGUACGUUUUCCUUGUGUUUCCGGCUUCUAAUGGAGAGAGGAUGAUGGUAGAUGAACUGAGGUGGACCACUCGAAUGGACUUGGGUGGUCAAGAGACUCAAAUUUUUAUUUGCUUUUAUUUUGAUUGUGCCAAAUCCAUCCUCUUCUGGGACGAAAGAGGCGGUCCAGCACGCUGCUCUGGAUCAAUGAGUUUGUCCAGCUCAUUUCACUCAGGCUCUUGUGCACACAGAGAUGACAGUUACUGUUUUGAGCUGAACAAUGCAGCUGUUAUACUAAUGUUCAUUUCAUUCAUACUCUUACAAAUACAGUUGUUUUAAACACGAGUACAUGAACUCGUUUAGUUUUAAGAUUCAUUUAGAGCUGUUUAAUGCUGAAUCCUGUCGAUAAAAUUACAUUAGAAUGGCGUCUGAUUUACAUGCAAACUUCCAAAGCUGACCUUUCCCAGUGUGCUCAAUGCUAAAAUAAUAACCUCAUACAUGAAAUACAAUGUUUCUGAGAUUGCAUCUGUGCUAACAACCCCGCUGCUCACUAAAAACAAAGUAAUAUUUGCAUACUCUCAUAUAGCAUUCACAUAAUUAACGAAGAAAUGAUUGGCGCACAGCACAAAACAGCUUUGAGAGUUGUAUGAGGUUUCAAAGGGCUGAGGUCACAUGGUGUUGGGAUUUUGCUCUGAUUCUUUCUUUGCUUUUUGUAUUCUGACAUUGUAUGGUCACAAACUAUUAAUCCAAGAGACUUUCAUCUGAUGGGUGUGUUGAAUGCAGUCAUAUGACUAGUUGAACUAACCCUUAACCUCUGUUGAAGAGGCAGAGGACAUGAUCUCUGACCUCUAGGUGUGCGAGUGGUAGAAAGGAAUAGAUGAUUCUGUUAUACUGUACUGAUUUCAAACAUGAAUUAAUGUCAAAAUGAUGCUACAGUACAUAUGAGCUGAUUGAUCUGUACAAGCUGCUCAUUAUUAUCAGUUAUUUCCAUAAAUAAAAAGACGAGUUUCAUUGAGGGUG